AUGGCUAAGGUCCGGGAACUGGAGGAAGCCUUCGUACAGGAGCAGUCUUCGCCUCAGCUUCCCUCUGAGAUCGCGGAGGAGUGCUGCGCGCAGCUGCUUGGCAAGGGCUUGCUGGUCUACCCUGAGGAUAGUGCUUACCUGGUGGCUGGAGCAGCCGCGGGCGCCGGGAGCUGCGAAGAGAAAGGCGGAGAUCCUGGGCUGCAGGUGGGAGUUAAAUCAGAAAUGCAUUUAAACAAUGGCAACUUUUCCUCGGAAGAAGAGGAUGCGGAUACUCAGGAGAGCAAGACCAAAGCAGCUGACCCACAGCUCUCUCAAAAGAAGAGCAUCACUCAGAUCAUGAAGGACAAGAAGAAGCAGACUCAGCUCACCCUGCAGUGGCUUGAAGACAAUUACAUAGUGUGUGAAGGAGUUUGCCUCCCACGGUGCAUUCUUUAUGCUCACUAUUUAGAUUUCUGCAGGAAAGAGAAACUGGAGCCAGCUUGUGCAGCCACCUUUGGAAAGACAAUUCGCCAAAAAUUUCCCCUCCUAACAACACGAAGACUUGGAACAAGAGGGCAUUCAAAGUAUCAUUACUAUGGAAUUGGCAUCAAAGAAAGCAGUGCAUAUUACCACUCUGUUUACUCUGGAAAGGGCUUAACAAGGUUUUCCGGAAGCAAACUGAAGAAUGAGGGUGGUUUUACUCGUAAAUACUCACUUAGCUCAAAAACAGGAACACUUCUUCCAGAAUUCCCCAGCGCUCAACAUCUUGUGUACCAAGGAUGCAUUUCUAAGGACAAGGUUGAUACUCUCAUAAUGAUGUACAAAACUCACUGCCAGUGCAUACUUGACAACGCAAUCAAUGGGAACUUUGAAGAGAUCCAGCAUUUCUCACUACACUUUUGGCAAGGAAUGCCAGACCAUCUCCUUCCCCUGCUUGAAAAUCCUGUUAUCAUUGACAUUUUCUGUGUUUGUGACUCAAUUCUUUACAAGGUUCUUACAGAUGUCCUCAUUCCUGCAACAAUGCAAGAAAUGCCUGAAAGCUUGUUAGCAGAUAUAAGAAAUUUUGCUAAAAAUUGGGAACAGUGGGUUGUUUCAUCCUUGGAAAACUUGCCAGAAGCCCUCAUUGACAGGAAAAUCCCCAUUUUGCGAAGAUUUGUAUCUUCUCUGAAGCGUCAGACAUCUUUCUUGCAUCUUGCUCAGAUUGCCAGACCAGCUCUCUUUGACCAGCAUGUGGUGAAUGCCAUGGUAUCUGAUAUUGAAAAGGUUGACUUAAAUAGUAUUGGAUCUCAGGCUCUUCUUACCAUAUCCAACACUGCAGACACAGAAUCUGACAUCUACAGCGAACAUGACUCCAUCACUGUGUUCCAAGAACUGAAGGAUCUCCUUAAGAAAAAUGCUACAGUGGAGGCAUUUAUUGAAUGGUUGGAUACUGUGGUAGAACAGAGAGUUAUUAAGAUGAGCAAACAAAACGGAAGAUCUCUGAAGAAGAGGGCUCAAGACUUUCUGCUCAAAUGGAGCUUUUUUGGUGCCCGUGUAAUGCAUAAUCUUACCUUGAACAACGCAUCAAGUUUUGGUUCUUUCCAUUUGAUUCGGAUGCUUCUGGAUGAGUACAUUCUUUUGGCCAUGGAGACUCAAUUUAAUAAUGACAAAGAGCAGGAACUACAGAAUUUAUUGGACAAGUAUAUGAAGAACUCGGACGCGAGUAAAGCUGCCUUCACAGCUUCCCCAAGCUCCUGCUUUCUGGCCAACCGAAAUAAGGGCAGCUCACUUUCUAGUGACACUGUGAAGAACGAAAGUCAUGUGGAAACAUCCUAUGUCCCUCUGCCUUCCAGCCAGCCUGGAGCUGUACACUCUGCUCUGCACCCAUUCCCAGCUGAGAACAGUGAGAACAUGCCACUCCAAGGUCAAAUAGAGCUUUCACAAAGUACUGGCCAUCUGAUGACACCACCUAUUUCUCCAGCCAUAGCAAGCAGAGGAAGUGUUAUUAACCAAGGGCCAAUGGCAGGCAGACCCCCGAGUGUGGGCACAGUCCUCUCAGCUUCAACACACUGCUCAACAUAUGCAGAACCAAUUUAUCCUACACUCCCUCCAGCCAACCACGACUUUUAUGGGACCAACUCUAACUAUCAGACUGUGUUUAGGGGACAGUCUCACCCUGCAUCAAGCCUCUAUGCUCACCGUGCAGAGCAUGGGAGGUGCAUGGCCUGGACUGAACAGCAUCUUUCUAGAGACUUCUUUGGUGGCAGUUGUGCUGGGUCUCCAUAUAAUUCCAGGCCACCUUCCAGUUAUACAUCAUCUCCCCACACACAAGAGUCACACAGCAUGCAGUUUUUGAACACAGGAAGCUUCAGUUUUCUUAGUAAUGCAGGAGCUGGCAGCUGCCAAGGAUCAACACUGCCUUCUAAUUCUCCUAAUGGAUACUAUGGAAACAAUGUAAACUACUCAGAGGCACAUAGACUCGGAUCGAUGGUGAACCAACAUGUUUCAGUCAUCAGCAGUGUUCGCUCCCUGCCUCCCUACAGUGAUAUCCAUGAUCCACUUAACAUUUUAGAUGAUAGCAGCCGGAAGCAGAGUAACUCAUUUUAUGCAGACACAUCCUCUCCUGUUGCAUGUCGGACUCCUGUAGUAGCUUCCAACUUGCAAGCCCAGAUUCCCUCAUCUUCAUCCCAGUGUAUGUAUGGAAUCUCCAAUCAGUAUCCAGUACAAGAUAAUCUGGAUACCAAUGGAGCAAGCAACAGAGAAAUGGUGUCAUCUUUACCACCCAUCAACACUGUGUUUAUGGGGACAGCAGCUGGAGGCACUUAA